UCUAUUUAUGUGUAUGAAUCCCCAUAAUAUAAAAAGUUAAUGACAACAUAAUGUAUUUUUUUAAUUGAUCAAAAUUAAAAUCCAUUAAAGUAAAAAAUGUCACAAGAACAUAUUUUUAAGUGUAAUUACACUGAUUUAGAAUACAUGAAAGAUGACAUUAUUAGAAUUAUUGAAAGAAGUUCAAAUUGUUAUUUAACUGCUCUAGACUUAAUGGUAAAUGCUCCAGAUUUUUAUAAAAUCAAAUCAAGAAUAGCUUAUAAGGUUAUGUUGAUUUUUCAAGAAUGGUUAAAAGAUAGAAAAAAUGCUGACGAACAUUUGUUAAAUCUAGAAAUAAAAAUAAAAGCAUUAUAUGCUGUUUUAGAACAAUCUAACAGGUCGUUAAUUAUUCUUGUUUGUGAAAUAUAUAAGAUUUCAGAAGAUGGGAAUAAACUGUAUCAUAUUAUUGAAAAUCUUAUUAGAAAUAAUCGAUUCCCAGAGGCUGCAAUAUGCAUUAUGACAUUGAAUUUACAAGACAAAUUUGAAUUAGAAGAUGUUGUUAUACCUUUACUUUUACAAAAUAAUCAUAAUCUUGUAGAAGACUUCAUUAAAUCUAAUAGAGAUCUUCAAAUAAAAUUAGUAAUGUAUCUGGACAAUUUACAUUGCAAUUUAUCUGAAUCUAAAAAAGUUUUAAACAAAUUUUCAUCAUUAAAAGGGUUAAGAAGAGAUCAAUUAAAUAAUAAAAGUAUAGACAAGUUACUAAAAAAGCUUUUAAAGAAUUAUAAUAUUCCAAGUGAGGACAAUAUUGAUCUUCAAAAAGAAUUUAUUAUGGAAUUGAUAUGUAUGAAUGAUAUGGAAUGUGCUGUAAAAUGGAAAGACAUUACUGAAGAUUGUUGGAAUGAUAUGAUUAAGAUAAUAAUAGAGGACAAUAUUGAUCUUCAAAAAGAAUUUAUUAUGGAAUUGAUAUGUAUGAAUGAUAUGGAAUGUGCUGUAAAAUGGGUAACAUUUUUAAAUUUGCCUAUUAGAGAAUUUCCACCAUCUCUUCAAAAAGCAUAUGAAGAAAAUAAAAACAAUAAAUUAACACUAACUUUUAAACGUGAAGAUGAAACAGAUAGUUCAAAUUAUCUUCAAUUGAGACUAAAUUUUAAUAAAAUCCACAUGAUUGAUACUCCUGAAGAAUAUUUGAAAUGUCUUAAUGAUAUUUCUGAGAAUGCUAUUGUGGGAAUUGAUGCUGAGUGGAAACCAUCAUUAGGUUUUCAGAAAUCAAGAGUUGCUUUACUUCAACUAGCUGUUUGGGAUAAUAUAUAUUUAUUAGAUAUGAUUCAACUAAGAAAAUGUCUUAAACCUGACCAGUGGGAUGUUCUGUUAGAAAAAAUAUUUUGUAAUAAUGAACUUAUUAAACUUGGUUAUGGAUUACAGAAUGAUUUUGAUAUGUUAAAAGAAUUUUUUGAAGAAGGAAAAGAUAAGUUGAAAACACGUGCUAAUAUACUAGAUUUGUGUUUGUUUUAUGAUAAAUUAAAUAGAGUUUAUCCUAAAGUAACUGAAAAAUUUCGACGUUUUAAAAGUAAUGAAAAUACAUUAUAUUCGGAUCAUAAAGGUCUAAGUGGAUUAUCUGAAAUAAUUUUAGGUAAGCCACUUAGCAAAGAAGAAUGCACUUCAAAUUGGGAAAAUCGACCUCUCCGGAAAUCUCAAGUGAUAUAUGCAGCUCUAGAUGCUUAUUGUCUUUUGGAAAUAUAUGAAAGUAUACAUAAUAAAGUGCAUCUCUGUGGACUUGAUUUUGAUCAAAUUGUUAGAGACUUUUUAUCACAAAAAGUACAAAAGGUUUCAUCCAAAAAGAAGACCUCACAAAAAAAUAAGAAAAAGUUUUCUCCUCCAUUACAAACAGUUAACAACUCACCAUGUACUAUUAAAGAUGUUAAAUUUGUAGUGGAUAAUAUGUUACACGGGUUGGGAAAAUUUCUUCGUAAAUGUGGAAGUGACACAAAAUGUUUAGAGAACUUGGAUGAUCACACAGAAGCUGCAAAGAUUGCUUUAAAAGAAGACAGAAUUAUUUUAACUAGUGGUGCACCAUAUUUUCAGUUAAAGUCUUAUUUACCUGAGGGAAGGUGUUUUAAUGUGCCAUGUUCACAAAAUGCAAAAGAACAAGCCAUGACUGUGUUCAGACAUUUUAAUAUAAAAAUCAAUGAGGAAGAUAUAUUUUCUCGCUGUUCUCCUAGAAAUAUUGGAAAAGAAAAUAUUUUAGUAAAUUGGAAGAAUGUAAGGGAUAUGGAGAGAUUUUAUUACAGAGAAGAACUAUUUAACAGCUUGAUAGAUGAAAUUAUCAACAAAAGGGAAAUGAAACACGUGUGCAAUGGUGAUGAUUAUUUAGAAAUUGAUAAUUAUCAGAUGAAAGAAAUAUGGACAAGAUAUCAUCAGUGUUAUAACAAAACUUCAGAAGAUCGACACGAACUAUCUAUCAAUAAUGAGAAAAUUUUCAUAACUAACAUAAAUUCAUCAUCAUCUUCCUCUCCAAUAAAUAUUAAAAUACAAAUUUCUGAGCUCUCUGUUCAAGCAUUAAAUCGUAUAGAAAAUUUCCUAUUGUGCACUAACUGUGGAAAAAUUUAUUGGCAAGGCUCUCAUUUCGAUCGUAUGAGAAAGGCAAUGUCAAAUAUACUUACGGAAACAGGCCAAACUAUUUAUUCAAUAAAUGAUGUGAAUUAAAAAGCUUAAUUGUUAACUGUCAUUUUUAAAAAAAUUAUCAUUAAUUAUAUCAUAAUGUAAACAGACAACAAAACCAUAAAUUUAAUAUUUGUUUACAUUUAAUUUAAUUCAAAUGCAUUUUCCUUGAUGAAAAUUUCUUAGAAAAUUCUUGUAUAAAAUCAAUAAGUGAGAUAAGCUUUGAUUCUGAUAGUGUAUAACCCUUCAUCAAGAAUUAACAUGAGAAAUAAAGUGAGAUCCUUUUCCAUAUUUGUGUUGAUGGCAGUCAUACAAACUAAAAGUGCUAGUUUUAGUAAUAUAUUGUUAUGCACUGCUUUCUUAAAAUAAUAAUGAUAAAUACUUUAUAUAUUACACUAAAUAAAACAUUUAUAAUAUGUUUUAUUAUACAAAUUAAUGAUGAUACUCCAAACUAACCUGUAUACUUUCUUUCCUUAUAAAAGUGUACAAACUUUGUUUUCUCUCUGCUAAUCUUUAAUUUUUUAUGAUGGAAAAGGUUUUAGAAAUAGAUUGCUUCUUCUGCCUUAUCUAACUAGAACCACACCGUCUGCAAAUAACAUGCACCAUGGUUCUUCCUUCACUAUACUCUUAUAUUUUAGUGUUAUAUAAACUGUUAAGAAGAUAUGGACUUAAUGACUCAGCAGUCAAAACCUAAAUAUAUCUCCAUAUCCUUGCUUAAUUUUACUCUCUGACCUGUUAAGGCAUAUCCUGUACUAUUGCAAUAUAGGAUGAAGGGAAUGGGAGAAAACCAAGUACCUGCCACAUACCUGCCAUUCUAGAAACCUCAUCAGCUUUUUCUAAAUCUAUGAAUACCAUGUUCAAGUCUCUCUCUUAUUAUUUAUCACAAAAGGAAUACCAAACUUGAUGAUGUAACCAGAAAAACCCAACAAGAAUUAUUUUAACAAAUGAACAAAUGAAUUAUUUUUCAAUUAAAUUGUGAAUUGAAAAUUCAUGUUACAAAAUGACAUCAUUAAAAAUAAAUGAAUAACUAUGAUAACAACAUAUAUAUUAUCAUACUAAAGUUUUUUAAAGAAAUUAUACACACACUUGAAAUUUGUAUAGAACUUCACACAAUAUUUAUACCAAUUUAAUAAUUAAUUAACACUCAUUAUUAUAAAUAAUUACUCAAAUAAAAAUAUUCAAAUUUCUGAGUGAUAAAUUAAUAUAAAAAUUGCAACCAAAUCUGCUGUAAAAUAAUUAUGCAUACAGUUUGUGUAUCAUAUCAUAUAAUUGAAUGUACUUAAUAAGCAAUAUGUAAAUUAAAAUGCAUAUCAUUUACUCCUCUCACAUAAUAAUUGUAUCAUUCUGACUUAAGGUUUUACGAAAUGACACAAGGAAAAGAAUUGAGUGAAAAAGUGAAAAAAUCUUUUCGUAUCAUAGACAAGGAAAAUCUUAGACAGAUUUCAACUUCUGAAAAGAUCUAUUGACACAAUUCAUAAUGUUAUUUAAAAAGGUGAUCAAUAUGGGAUAAAUACGAGUAAAUAAUCUAAUUAAAAACAUGCUCUAAAUGAAAAGAAGAGUUUUCCAUCUAGUCACCUCACAAGGAAUGCCUACAUAUGCCAUUGCUGCUAAUUUGUUAUUGAAAAUGUCUCAUUCAAUGAUAGCUAAUGUUUUCAAAAAUAAUGAUAAUGUUCCCCUUGUUAAACUCAAGACAAAACUUACAAGUGACCUCAAGCAAAACAGAUUAGAAUGGGCAAAGUCAGUAAUGAGUUGGACUGAUAAAUAGAAAAAUGUGGUGUUUUCAGAGGAAAAAUGUUUAAUUAAUCUGAAUGGACUAGAUCAGGGGUGGCCAACAGUUUUUGCCCCCAGACCGAAUUGGAAAGAGAACUUU